AUGUCAGAAAACAGGAAGCAGCCACUGCUGGGCCCCAUAAGCAAACUCCCCAGUUGGUCUGUCCUUGGUAGCUCAGGCAAGACUCACUGCCCUUUGUGCAUGAGGCUUUUCAAAGUCCCCAGGCUCUUGCCUUGUUUGCACACGGUUUGCACCACUUGUUUGGAGCAGCUGGAACCCUUCUCUGUAGUGGAUCUGCGAGGGGGAGAUUCUGACACAAGCUCUGAAGGGUCAAUAUUCCAGGAACUCAAGCCACGCACUCCUCUGCCGCAAAUCGGCAUCCUCUGCCCGGUAUGUGAUGCUCAGGUGGACCUGCCUGUGGGUGGAGUGAAGUCUUUAACCAUAGACCAUCUGGCCAUGAAUGAUGUGAUGCUGGAGAGUCUGCGUGGGGAAGGACAGGGCCUGGUGUGUGACCUGUGCAGCGACAGGGAAGUGGAGAAGAGGUGUCACACCUGCAAAGCCAAUCUCUGCCACUUCUGCUGCCAGGCUCAUAGACGGCAGAAGAAGACAGCUAAUCACGCCAUGGUGGAUCUCAAAGACUUAAAAGGCUACAGCCAGAUUGGGAAACCCAUCUUGUGUCCUGCCCACCCUGCAGAGGAGCUGAAGCUGUUCUGUGAGCUCUGUGACCGGCCCGUGUGCCGGGACUGUGUGGUCGGGGAGCACCGGGAGCAUCCUUAUGACUUCACCAGCAAUGUGAUCCACAAGCAUGGAGACUCCAUGCGGGAGCUCCUCAAAGGCACCAAGCCGCAUGUGGAGGCCUUGGAGGAAGCUCUGGCUCAGAUCAAAGGGUUGAACAGUGCCCUGCAGGAGCGAGUGGAGGCUGUGGCAGCUGAUGUCCGAGCCUUCUGUGAGGGCUACAUCAAGGCCAUAGAGGAGCAUCGAGACAAGCUCCUGAAGCAGCUGGAUGACAUUCGGGCCCAGAAGGAAAACUCUCUGCAGUUGCAGAAGGCACAGCUGGAGCAGCUGCUGGCUGACAUGCGGACUGGAGUAGAGUUCACAGAACACUUGCUGACCAGCGGCUCAGACUUAGAGAUCCUCAUCACCAAGGAGGUGGUAGUAGAACGGCUCACAAAACUGAACAAAGUCGAAUAUAGCCCCCAUCCUGGAGUAAACGAGAAGAUAAGCUUCUGUCCUCAGGAGAAGGCAGGCCAGUGUCAAGGUUAUGAAGUUUUUGGGGCCAUCAAUACUAAAGAAGUGGAUCCAACUAAGUGUGUCCUUCAAGGAGAAGAUCUACACAAAGCCCGGGAGAAACAGCCAGCCUCUUUCACCCUGCUUUGUAAGGAUGCAGCAGGAGAGAGCAUGGGCAAGGGAGGAGACAACGUUCAAGUUGCCGUGGUGCCUAAGGAUAAGAAAGAUUGUCCAGUCAGGACAACUGUCCAGGAUAACAAGGAUGGGACAUAUUCUGUCUCCUAUACCCCUAAGGAACCUGGACUCUAUUCUGUGUGGGUCUGUAUUAAGGAUCAGCACGUGAAGGGCUCACCCUUCACAGUAACUGUGAGGAGGAAGAACCGUCCACACCCAGGGGUGUUUCACUGCUGCACAUUCUGUUCGAGUGGAGGUCAAAAAACUGCUCGCUGUGCCUGUGGAGGCACGAUGCCAGGUGGGUAUCUAGGCUGUGGCCAUGGGCAUAAAGGCCAUCCAGGCCGUCCCCACUGGUCAUGCUGUGGGAAGUUUACCGAGAAGUCUGAUUGUUCAUGGACAGGUGGGCAAAGCACAUCAAGGAGUCUCCUCAGGACAGUGGCUCUCUGA